AUGGCCAUAUGCGUACGCUGGCCAUUUGUGCAGCGGCUUCAUAAACAUCAAAAGGAAUUAAAGAUGGCUGACACUCGAACAGAGACAGGAGGAGGAGUAGAUGAGGUGAGUUAUUGACUGAUAUGAAAUCAAAUAUGACAAGGAGACAAGGACCUAAUGUCACUCUUGUUAACCACAAGAAAGUUGUUACUUUUGCAUUUGUGAAGACAAACUUUGAAUUAUGUAUUUUCGUUUCAAGCUUUGGCUGAGAAUUGUAUGUUUUUGUUUAUUGUGCUAUAGAAAUUGUUUAUAUCAAAUAUGUUUAUAUUGCUUUCAAAAUCACUUAUUUCUAUAUUUGAAUUCAAUUUUAUUUUACAGGUGUUGGAUUUUUUAAAAGGAAGAGGCAUUUCCGAGCCUUUAAUCCUGACCAAUUUUGAGAAUGAAAAGGUAUUGAAUGAUACAUUUCUUGUAGCCGGGAAUUAGUCAGUUAAAAAUAUCAUUGAAAAUAUUUUCUUCGAAGCUAGUAAUUUUGUAAUAGCAAUGUUGAAUUGUUCAAAGGCACAAUAUGGCAUUUUAUGUAUUGUAAGUUUUAAAAUUAAUUAAAAUGAUUAUUUUUAAUUUAUGUAUUUGAAAUUAAAUUAUGCACAAAAAUAAAGGUGGCUCAAUACAGUUUUAAAACAAAUAUAGGUACGCAAGGCUUAUGUGUAUCAGCGCAUAAUGCAUUGAUGUUGAGGGAAUUGAAUUUUUCAUAGCAAUUGGGCAAAAUUGUGCUAUUUUUUGAAAUUAUAUUUGUGCUUCAUGUAAAGAAUAUUUACAUACAUACAAACUUUACAGGCGUUCUGUGACCCCCGUCCGCGAUCAUAUCAGAUCAUGUCAGUGGCAUCUGGUAAUUACUAAAAUAACAUCGCCCAAAGUUCGAAGUUUUAUAUUCAAAAUUCCAAAGAAUUUUCUCGUUGAAAACCGCUGAAUAUUUUUCAUCUACAACUUUAGAAAGUGGGAAAUAUUUCAAGAUGCAUGGGCCAUCAUCAUUCGAAUAUUUACCAUCAAAGAACAAAUAUGAUUGGUUUAUACUUUAUUUUGUCUAAACUGAUACAUUCCCAAUUUCCCAUGCACAUGCAAAUUACAUCCUCUGAGAAAAUCCACAAACUAACCCCUCUGAAAUUCCUUGACGUGGCUAGAAAAACAGUAAAUGCCAUACCAUCACAAUAUUUACUAAAUCUCAGCAGAUCCCUUUAUUUACAUGUUACUGUAUAUUCUGUAUAUUUAGAUUUUCUGCAUUUGUAUUUUAGCGAGUGCCGGUGGUUGUCUAGGGUGUUGCAUGCAUUCGUACAUGCUGCUAAUUGGUGGUUCGAAUCACGCAAUGGCAAAUAUUUUGUUUUUCGUUCUCAUAUUUUAUUCUUUAAUAAUUCUCCUAAGACUGCUUUUACAAUACAGGGGAGUUACUAUUGUAUGACUGUAAAUUACUAUUAUUAAAUUGCCCCCUUCUUUCAAAAUUUGAUAAAUUAUUUUUUAAUAGUCGAGGCCAUUUUGUAGUUCGCGCCAAUUUCCAUAAUUGUGUUAAUUAAUGCUAAAUGUUGAGCCGCUGACAUCAUCUGAUUUGAUCGCGGACAGGAGUCACAGAACGCCCGGGAUAAAUUGACUACCUUAUUUAACCACGCUAGCCUGAACAAUCAUUAGGAGGCUUAUUUCCAUAAGGGGCGUGAAAUAUAGAAUUAAUUAUUUACAAAUUAAAAAAAAAAGAAAUAUGAAAAAAGAUAAAAUAAGACUAGCUAGAUUGCAGAAUAGGGAACAAAAAAAUACAAUGAUUUUUCAUGCACAAUCAUGCAUGAGCAAGUUUCACCUCAUUCUUUGUUUUAAUAUUGAUUAACCAGUGACUUCUAAAUUAAGAGGAAUAGUUCCAAGACAUGCUUAAUGAAAAUCUAUGGGCACUUAUCGAGGUCACAGCAAAUGGCCUAGUAUUACUUUGAUGAAACCAGGGCCUUAGGUAGACCGCUAAUUUGGGGCGGGGUGUGUGCAUAUUCCUAUAUUCGUAUUCUGUCUGACGGAUUUCUUUUGAAGGUGAUUGUUUUUACGGUAUCUGAACAUGAAUACCCCCUUCCCCCCAAUUAUUGUGUAUAGCUACGGCCCUGGAUAAAGGAGGCCCAGGCAAUCCAUGCUUUUAUAUUUGUAUAUACAGUAAUACAGAAAAUAAUCACUGAAUUUUUUGUGGAUUGCGCAGGCCGCUCGUGGGGAAAUGACAAAACGCGGACCCCAGGUCUGUGGACUACCUUCGUGGACCUGGUCCAUGGAUUACCUUUGUGGACCACGGACCACUCCCGUGGACCACUCUCGUAGACCACUCUCGUGGACCACUCUCGUAGACCACUUGCGAGACACCAGAUUUUUGGGGUUUGAAUUCUUGACUGUGCAUGGAAAAAUGUGCUCGAGUUCAGUCAUUAUUAUCAUUGUGGAAACUUUACACAAAAUGUGAAGUUCUAAAUCCAUUCACUAUAUGACCAUUCUAAAAUAUAAGUGUGCAAUUACGACUUUAAUGCAAAGUUUCCGAAUAUAUGCCCUUAAGAUUGGUAGUUUUUUUUCUCGAUCGCUACAGAAAAUGCAAGAAAAGCAGUAAUCGUGCUUCAAAAAUUAAUAUUUUUGGGAGAGGACCUUCAGGCAUUGAAAGGUCACUGCAACUUACGACUUCUACAGUUCAAGUGAUUUUUUAACAGUAAAAUUCGAAUAAUUCAGUAAAAUCCUUUUACCUUUCCCCCUCCAGAUUCUCCACAGUAUUCCUAUAUUUUUUAACGAACCCUGACUACAUUUUUUCAGCAUUUUUACAGACUUAGUAUUCACUGUUCAUCAACAAAAACUGAAUUGAUUGUGAAAUAAAUAAUGGAAAUGAAUAAUGAAAUAGUUCCCGCCAAUCUCGGCUUCCUAAACUCGGGUUAAUACGGAUAGUGCUUGGUCUAUUGUUCGGUAGGCGAAAUUUCGCAAGUGGUCGACGAGAGUGGUCAGUGGUCCACGAGUGUAGUCCAUGGACCAGGUCCACGAAGGUAGUCCAUGGACCUGGGGUCCGCGUUUUGUCGUUUCCCCCGCUUGUGGCCUGUUUUGCUAUUUAUAUUUUUGAAACAAACAAGCAUAAAAUGAACAACUUGCAUAUGCAAAUGUCAUGUCAGGCUGUAUCGCAAAGGCUGACAUUUGGUUAGUUGCAUGUUUGCAAAUGCAAGGAGUAUGAGUCUAGUUCUAGGCAAUAUGUUGGAUCUGUUUCCAUUUUUGCAGUUUUUUCUAUUUAUGUACAGUUAAACUGAAGGGCAAACAGUUUAAUUUCUAUUUUGUCUUUGAUUGGUUGUAUGAAUCAUAUCCUUUGCCAAGAUUUGUUGUUACCUGCAAUAGUACAAAGUUUUGUAAUUUGUAUUAAUUGCUUUCUGGAAGGUAUAAAGGUUCCUUUAGUAGGUUUCUUGUAAAUAAAGCUAUACAAUCCAUCUGACUUUUAAUUUAUGUAUUGUUAUUAAUGAUGGAAAACAGCCUUGUCACAUAAAUGCAAAUUUGUGUGUUGAUGACGUGAUUGAGCACUAAAUCUAUCUGGCAGCUGGGGAACGUAUUCAACAAAAAUAUUUACACCUAAAAACAUGACAUGUAUAGCGUAGGAACUUUGUCAUGAUAAUCGAACUGGGACAGACUGACCCUUUUUGAUUACUUCAAUGUAUAGCGUUGCAAAUAUGUACAGUUUUCGUUCAAACACGUCAAACAUACUCCUCUCUUACCUCAAAUUUACCUCCCAAAAUCUGGGGAGGUACUUCAUGAGCUCCAACCAAGAUAUAUAAAGUUAAUCGGCAUGCUUCUAUAUUAAGUACAACAUAAUUAUCAAUAGUUCAAGUAAAUCUUAUAUGAAUGGUAUAACAGUGAUAAUAUAAAUUAAUUUUCUUUUGAAAUAGAUGGAUGUUGCAGCCGUAUCAUCAGCUACACAUGAAUGUCUUACAGAUUUAGGGCUACAUGCAAAAGGGGAUAUUUUUGCUUUGAAACCAUUUUGUCAUUGUCGUCAAUUAACAUUUACCAGUAAGAAUGUAGUGGAUGAUGAGACAAACGAUUAUGAGGAUAGAAAGAGGAAACUUCUGGCACAACUGCAAACAGGAAGCCAAAAGAAAAGGAACAAAUCUGUUGACAAACAUUCUAGUUCCAGCAUGUCUAAGAGACCUGUUCAAAAAUAUAAAACACAAAAUAUUUCUUGGUUGGCUUCAUUAUUCUGAAAAAAAAGAAUGGUUUGUAGCAGUGAGACUAAACAGUGGAGGAGGAACCAGAAGAUUAGAUGUUGGGAGCCAUUUCAAUAAGGAGCUGCUUAUUGAAGAAGGCAUAUACCGAUUGAUUCUUCAGACGUCGACAAUGAGGAUAGAGGACUCACAGAUGAAGACAUUAAAAUGAGCACAUCAGAUAAUGAAGAAAUCAUAAUAGAAAGUGGAAGUGAAAACGACGAUGAAGUUCUAAUGCAUCCCGUUUUUGAUAGUGGUACAACACUUAUUGGUUCUUCAGAAGAAAGGCAAAACCUAAUGGAAGAGCAAGACCAGUUAUUUCAAGAAUCAUUAGAUAACGAUCGUCGUAAGGAAAAACAGUAUAUCAGAAGCCAAGGAAAUGGAAGGAAAUGAAAAAAAACGUUUAGAACAACUUAGACAAGCGAGACUCGAAAACGUUCCACCAGAACCACAUCCACAGCUUCCUCAUGUAAGAAUAGCCGUGAAUCAUAUCUUCAUGGGCAAGAUUGUUCAUUCUAGAUAGUAUGAUUGUCCUAGAUAGUAUGCAGGCAGUUUAUGAUUGGGUUGGCUCUUGUGCACUUCAUCCAGAGCACUUCAAUCUUUCUCAAUGCCAAGGACAAAUGAUUAUGCCAUCUGAUCCAAUUGCAAAUGUGGCGAACUGUACUCUCUACAUGGAAGUAUCAAUGAGCCCAGUGCAAGUUCGUGAACAACAAGAAGUGCUUGCUUCAGAAAACGACAUCCUUCCUGAUACAACUAGGUAG